AUGGAAAAACUGGGACUGGGGCCAAAAGAACUGCUCAGAGAAAACCCUGGACUCAUCUACGCUCGAUUGACAGGAUACGGCCAGACUGGACCUUUGUCCCUCGCUGCCGGACAUGACAUCAACUACCUUGCAUUGUCAGGUGUGUUAUCACGGCUGGGGCGCAGCACAGAGAAGCCCUACGCUCCACUGAACCUGGUGGCAGACUUUGCCGGCGGGGGCUUGUCCUGUGCUUUGGGGAUUGUCCUGGCGCUGCUGGAAAGGACCAGGUCGGGGAAAGGCCAAAUCGUGGACGCCAGCAUGGUGGAAGGCGCGGCGUACGUGGGUUCGUUUGUGUGGAAGUCGGACCGUAUCGGGAUGUGGAACAACCCCCGAGGACAGAACAUGCUGGACGGCGGGGCACCUUUCUACGACACGUACCGGACUGAAGACGGACGCUUCAUGGCGGUGGGCGCUAUCGAGCCGCAGUUCUACACACAGUUAUUAAAGGGUUUGGAGCUGGACUCUGCAGAUCUCCCGCCGCAGAUAAGCUUCGACGACUGGCCCAAACUGCGGCAAAUAUUCACCGAUAGAUUCGCAUCAAAGUCUCAGUCGGAGUGGACCAGAAUAUUCAAAGACACGGACGCCUGCGUGACUCCCGUCUUGUCUUUUGAAGAGGUGGCCGCACACCCUCACAACCAGCAGAGGGGGUCGUUCAUCAAAGACCUCAGCGGGGAGGAGAGCCCCAGACCCGCUCCGGUCCUGAACAGAACCCCCGCCGAGCCGAGCCUGAAGCCGGACCCUGUGAUCGGGGAACACACGGUGAGGGUCCUGGAGGAGUACGGCCUCACGAUGGAGCAGAUCGAACGGCUACUGGCAGAGGGUGUUGUAGAGUCUCGCACCACUAAAGGAAAAUUGUGA